AUGUCACUGUUUCUCCGCUCCCCAUCUCCCGCUUCUCGUCUCCCCCUUCCCAUCUCCCACUUCUCGUCUCCCCCUUCCCAUCUCCCGCUUCUCGUCUCCCCCUUCCCAUCUCCCGCUUCUCGUCUCCCCCUUCCUAUCUCCCGCUUCUCGUCUCCCCCUUCCCAUCUCCCGCUUCUCAUCUCCCCCUCCUCAAUCCCUCCCUGUCAGGGCGGCGAGUGGGUGUCUCAACUUCAACGACUGUGCCUCGUGCCUCAUCUCCCCUUUCCUCAUCUCCCCCUCCCCAUCUCCCGUAUCUCUAUCUCCACUCCCCAAUCUCCCAUGUCAGGGUGGCGGGUGGUGCCUCAACUUCAACGACUGUGCCUUGCGAGCCGACUCCUACCGCGGGUCCUCCCGCUACUGGCCCUCGCCCUCCUCGCCCUCCAAUCUCACCCACCUAGUAUGCCCACUCCUUCUCACACGCCCACGUUCCCAUAUGCCUCCAUGGCUGGUUACCGCAUGAGCUUCACAGGCAUACUCAGCGGCAACGCAGCCAACAACCCCUUUUUCCACAACUGGAACAUGGCAGUUGUCAUGUACUGCGACGGAGGCGCUUAUAUGGGGUACAAAGGCCGCAUGCAGCAGGGCUCUAAGAGAGUCUUCCUCUCAGGCCACCACAUUCUCAAGAACACUCUGAUUGACCUGCAGCAGCAGAGGGGCAUGGGAACAGCAGCAUCGGCUCUCAUCGCCGGGUGUUCAGCGGGAGGGCAGGCUGUCGCAGUGGGGUGUGACUGGAUGGCCUCGUUUCUGCCACGCUCCGCUAAAGUCAAGUGCGCUACUGAUGCGUCCUUCUUUCUGGAGAUCCUGAAACCGAUGGACUCCACGCGCGACGACGUGCACACACCCAGCAAGCGGCACAAAGGCUACAACGGCUUCCCUACUCCCACAGACGGCCACGAGCAGCAACCGCCGCAAUCAUCGCCGUCUCCUUCCCCUGGUCAAGCCCAGGCGCAGUAUUCCGCGCAACAAGCGUACGCCUCUCCGCAGCAAGCGUACGGCGCACCCCAGCAAUUCACCUCCCCGCAGCAACCGUACGCGUCCCCUCAUCAACCAUUCAACACGCCGGUCACCGCGUCGCAUGCAGUCGGCCCGGUUUCUGGAAACAACGGGAUCGGUGGUUCGCCCUUGACUACCGCCAUGGCUCCCCCCAGCGCUCCGUCAGUCGCGCUGGAGCUAACGCAUGGCGGCUCCCAACCUGUCUCCGCUGCCUCUACCCCUGUCCGCGCGCAUUUUGCCGACGCGUCUCAAUCUACCCCUGUCCGCGCGCACCAACCGCACUCCCCCUCCCCCGCCUCCGCUGCUGCGCACGCGUCUGCGGUCACGGUUGUGCAGGCAUCUCCGCUUACUGUUGCGCCCAGUCCCUCCCCAUCUCCCGCUACGGGUACUCCCGGAGCCGUCGCAGCGUCGCCAGGCGGAGUAGGUGCGUCGCCGGGUGGAGUAGGACCGUCGCCAGGAGGAGUCGCAGCGUCGCCAGGGGUCGCAGGGUCAAUGCACGACCCGCCGUGCGCAGCGUGCAAGUCGCUGCGGCGGAAGUGCACGCGCGAGUGCAUCUUCCUGCCCUACUUUCCCCGUGACGAUCCUGAGAAGUUUGCGCGCGUGCACAAGGUGUUCGGAGCCAGUAACGUGUCCAAGAUGCUGCAGGAACUGCCCCUACACCAGAGGGAGGAUGCAGUGGCGAGUCUAGAGUAUGAGGCACAGGCCCGGGUGCAGGAUCCAGUCUAUGGCUGCGUUGGCAUUCUCUGCGUGCUCCAGGUACAUUCCACCUCUCCGCGUCUCCCGGCUGUUCCGUUUGUCUUCGACCAGAAAGGAAACGUUGACGAGAAGCAGAUAGGAAAGCUCGCGGAUUACGCGGCGGGAAACCCGGACCGCAUUCCGAAGAUCGUGGCGAAGCUGGAGGAGCGAGCCAUUCGAGAGCUGCGCGCCGAGCGGUUCAACUCGCUACCCGCCGUGGCUCGGUCGUACUCGAAACUGCUCUCCUCGUGUCAGAGCUCCCUCGCGCUGCUGGCGUGGAGCGUGCUGAGCGUGGUGCAGAAGCUGCUGCAGAGCAAGCGAGUGGACGUGCGCGUGCUGGGCUGCGACCUGCUCGCGGAUUUUGUGGACUGCCAGUCGGACGCCGCGUACGCCGCGCCCAUUCAGAAGCUGUGCCCCACGCUCGUCGCCAUGGCGCACGAGGCCGGCUCGCAGGAAGACUCCCGGGCCGCCAGGUCGUCCGCGUUAAGAGCUAUCGCCGCUGUGAUCCUCUUCGUCUCUUACUUCUCCCAGCCCUGCGACUGCCUUGACCAGGUAACCUCCCACCACCCCCUUUCCCCUUCUUCGUCCGUGUCCCUCUCACUCCUUCCCACUCCUUUCCAUCCCCGUCUAUCGUUUUCGUGCCUUAACCAACUGCUGGCGGCCGUGCUGGACAACUACAAGCCGCACGCAGCAGGCGCCGGGGACGAGGGGGCAGCAGCAGCGGAGAAGGUGCGGGAGAGGACGCAUGAGGCUCUCAAGAAGCUGACUCUUCAGCAGCAGCAACAACAGCAAGGGGGUGGUGGCAAGGAGAAAGAGGGGCUGCAUCAGGAGAGGAAGCUGGUCACUCCACUGCCCUCCAAGUCAGAGCUACAGCACCCAGAAGUGGCAGCGUUGGUGGCGGUAUGGGCUCUCGCGCACAUGCUUGCAGCCGCGGUGCCUCUCUCCUCACAGCAGGUGCUGGCGCAUCUGCUGCUCUACCUCUCCAACGGCUCCCACUGGGCCGACUUCGAGGCGCCUCAAAACCACUGGGAGCUACAGCACCCAGAAGUAGCGGCGCUGGUGGCGGUGUGGGCGCUGGCGCACAUGUUUGCAGCCGCGGUGUCCCUCUCCUCGCAGCAGGUGCUGGCGCAUCUGCUGCUCUACCUCUCCAACGGUUCCCACUGGGCCGCGCCUGCUAGCCAAGGCGACGCAGCAGCAGCAGCAGCAGCGGGGGCAGGGGCGGAGGCGGGGGCGGCAGGCAGGGGAGGGGUUGCAGGGCAGAUGUUAGAGGAUAUCUGUCUGGCUCUCCGGUUCCUGGCCACUCGCUCUCCUUCGCCCACCAAGGAGGAGCGGCGGCUCCUUCUGGCGCUGCUAGCAGCAGUGAUCCGCCACGCGGACUCCUCCCCCGCCCUGCGCUCCCCCCGCAUGCGCCACGACGCCCUUGCUGUCGCGGGGGGGCUGCAGAUGGCGCACCUGCUGCUGGCGGACGGGGGGAAGUGGGCGGACGGGGGGAAGGAAACCGGGGGACAGGGCGCAGGGGGAGGGCCUGGGAUUGGGGAGGAGAAAAGGGAGAUUAGCGCAGGGGGAGCGGGAGGGGCGGUGAGCAUGAGAGGAGGGCCGGAGGCAGCGAGUGAGGUGCAGGCUGUGGGCGACUUAUUGCGGAUACUGAAGCGCAGUAUAGUGGAGGAGAAACAGGGGGGCGGCAUGGACGAUAAUAUCAUAGGGGAGGGGCAGGUGGGGGGUGGCGUGUCGUUCAGACGGAGACAAGGCGAGCAGCCUGCUCUGCAGGAGCAGGCGCUGAAGCUGCUGGUGCUCGUGACAUCGUUGCAUGCGGGCAGUCCCAGGGACCGAGCAGCGCUGUUGUUGGACGACACUGCAGUGUUCCUCGAGUCCCUGCCGUCCCUCCCCUUCACUCCUUUCACUCCCCUGUCUCCCUGUUCCCUCCCCACAAACCAACCACCAGGCAGGCAGUCCCAGGGAGCGAGCAGCGCUGUUGCUGGACGACACAGCAGUGUUCCUCGAGUCUCUGCCGCGGGCAGUCCAAAGGACCGAGCAGCGCUGCUGCUGGACGACACGGCAGUGUUCCUCGAGUCCCUGCCGUCCGACCCCUGGGGCUCCUGGGCCACACUCGUUGCUGCAGAGGCUGCUGCCGCCGUUGUCGUGCUGCCCGUGGCUGUGGCCGUGGAGAGAAACGAGGGGGAGGAGGGGGGGGAAGGGGAUGAGGGGGAGGAGGGGAACAGGAAGGGGUCUGGAACCUUGGGAAGCUUCCCGGAUGCUGCGCUCCUCAGCAUCCUCCGUGCCUUCCUGCACCCGCACUCCGAGACAAGAGACGCUGCCCACCACCUGCUGCAGCUGCUUCUCCGGGGCCCUGCAGCCUUCCCACCAAAUGACAGGGACUGCUACGGCCUCGUUAUUGCAGCCAGUGCUGUCACCACCAGUGCUUCUGCUGCUCAUCCACUGGCCUCCAUAGAGGACAUUAAACGGCCCCCUCUGUCCCCCUCGCCGUCCCAACUCCCUCUGCUACUAUCCGCGCUCUGGCUGCAAGCAGCCAUGCCCUCCACCGCCCCCAAGUCCCUCUGUGCCCUCUCCUCCACCUUCCACGCCCUCCUGCCCUGCCUCUCCGCCCCACCUCCCCCUCCCUCUUCCCCCGCCUCCCCCUCCUCGCAAUCCCUGUCCUCCUCGCUCCUCCAGUCCUUCCAGCUCGCUCUCUCCCUCCGCCGAAAGGCCCUCUCUCUGCCUUCCGUUGCAGCACAAGGGGCAGAUGGGGGAGGGGGAGGGGGUGCAGGGGCGGAAGUAGAAGAAGAGGGGGGAGGGGGUAGGGGAGAGGCGGAGUGGACGAUAGGGCCGGUGGAUCGGCGGUCGGUGUUCACUGUAGCCACUGCCAUGCUUGCAGGUCUGGCUGGCAGCCUGGGCAUGGAGGAGGUGGCGGCGUUUGUCCUGUCUGAAGAGGCUUCGUCGGCUGCUCUGGCCAACCCCUUCCACGUCAUCAAUCCCGACGGCACGCUCUCAGAGCGCCGCCCGCCCACCUCUCAGAGUGCGUUCGGCUCGCCUGCUGACUCAGAGCGGGCGGCGGCUGAGCUGGCAGGGGCGAGCAGCAAAGAGGAGGAGGUGCAGGUGCAGCUGGGGGAGAAGAUAGCUGCUGCAGUUGUAGCUGCGUUCCCGGGUCACUCGGUGGAGCCAGCAUUACUCCUGGCGCCGUUCCACCCAUCAGACUCUCUCGCCCUCACACCUGCAGCCGACAUGCUCGCUGCUGUCGCUGCCGACUCCGCUGCUCCCAUCCUCCCCUCCUUUGAGGACUUGCCGGCUGCCAUUCCUGAUGAGGAACUCUUCCGAGCCUCCUCCGUCCCGGACCUGGCCAGGCCCGGCCAAGGCAGCAACGAUGGGAGCAACCGAGGCUCGGACAAUGCCGGUGCUGCUUUGGUGGAUGAUAAAGCAGGUGCAAGUGUACCAAGUGUGGAGCAGAUAUUGGAGUCAUUACAAGAAGAUCAAGAGAUUGUUGCCGACACAACUCAGGCAGGUAGUGCCUCCAAUAUGACGGUGGACGGUGAUAAGGACGGGAAGAAGACGAGCGGCAAGAAACGUAGAGCGGAUCCAGCCAAUGAAGGCGAUCCACGUGUCGGCGCGGACAUAGGCACCGUUGCGACAGCGGUAAGCACGGCGGGAGGCGCGGCGUCGGCCGGGGAAGGGAAGAAGAAGAGAGCGCGGAAGGCCAGGGGUGAGGGGAGUGAGGCGGGCGCGCAUAAGGAAGAGGGGGGGGAGAAGGGUAAGCUUACGGAUGAGCGGGAUGAGGCGGAGGAGGACGGGGGAGAACAGGGGGAAGCGGAGCAACAGGGGGAAAUGUCAAGCGCAGCAGCUGAGGACAAAUUGGUAGCAGGGGCGGAAGAUGCGGAAUUGGGGGAAGAUGCGGAAGAGGAGGAAGCGGAAGAGGGGGAAGUUCCGCAAGACGACAAUGAUGCCCACGGGUUCGCGGAAGCGGACGCGGAGCUUUCCCCGCGCGAGCUGCUUCCGCAACUAGACGCGGAGGCCGCCAGCCAGAGGCACAUCAAGGCGCACAAGCUGGUCGCGGAAGCGGCGGCGGCCGCUGCGCGGAGUGCCACCCAGGGGAAAGAACGCGGAAGCGGUAGUGGAGGGGGAACGGCGGCAGCAGCGGCGGCGGCGGAGUGGUUUCAGGCGCAGGUGGUGGCGAACUGCGGCAGAAGCAUGUCGUCCGUUGAGCGCGAACGAGUGAUCCCAGCCUCGUCCAUUGCGAUCUACAACAUCCACUCACCCUCCUCGCCGCAGCAGCCCGCCCCCAGCACCACCACCCAGGCGCCAGGUGCGCAACCGGGCGGCAGGGGACCGGGCGGCGGGCAAGCGGGCGGCAGAGGGGCGGGCGGCAGGGGAGCAGGGAGGGGAGGUAAGGCCGGCAGCGAGUCUGCCGCCGCCCACGUGGGGCCGAGUCUUGCCGACCACCUGAAGCGCAGUCUCGGCGCCACGUGGCGGUCGCUGCUGCUGCCACCUGGCGACAAGCAAGAAACAGACAAGGAUCAAAAGAAGGGGCAAGGGCGGAAGCCAAAGGGGCAGAAUCAGCAGCAGGGGCAGCAGGGGCAGCAGGGGCAGCAGGGGGGGAAAGAAGAGGAGGGAGACGCAGAGUGGGAGGCGGGGAGUCCGGUGGUGCUGAUAGUGUCAGCUUCGGCAGUGCGGUGUGUGGACCUGCUGAGGGCGUGCAAGGGCGUGGGGCGUGGGUGCCGCGUGGCGAAGCUGUUCGCUAAACACCUGAAAGUGGAGGAGCAAGUUGAGAUGCUGAAAGGGCCCGUGCACAUCGCUGCUGGCACCCCCAACAGGCCUUCACCCUCCUCUGCAUGCCUGACGGUCGAGUUCUGGGAGCUGUAUCUGAAGCAUCUGCACGAAUCGGUUCUCUCGGAAUCUUCUGUACUGGCGCUCCAUGAUUGGACCGGUGACACUUCGCCGCCCAAAGUGGGCGGCGGGAAGAAGCUUCCUGGAGAGCAGAUGAAGGGAAAGAAGCGGGCGGCAGCCGGUGCAAGGCAGGAAGAAGGAGAGGAAGAAGGAGAAGGAGGAGGAGGAGGAGGAACAGAGGAUGCAGGAGACACAGCAGGAGGGGAAGAGGGGUUGCAGAAGAAGCAGAAGAAGCGCAAAGCUUCAAAGGCAACUGCUGGAGCUGAGAUGAGUGCAGCUGUGGAGGAAGGGGCAGGUGGUGCGGCAAGGGGACCGGCAGGAGACGAGCGCAAGGGGAAAGGGAGGCGUGAAGGGGGGAGAGGCAGAAGGGGUGGUGGUGGGGGGAGGGGUGGCGGAAGAAGGGGUGGUGUGGGGGGAGGUGGUUUGGUGAGAGGUUUUGGGGGAAGAGGUAGUGGUGCAAGGGGUGGCGGGGGAAGGGGUGGAAGGGGAAGAGGCGGCGGGGGAAGGGGGGGGAGGGGGCGGGGCGGUGGUGGAAAGCGCAGUGGUGAUUGA